AUGUUAUUAUGCUGUAUCAUAGAAAAUGGUGUAGAUAAUAUAAUUUAUAAAAAGUUCAUUAAAUUCUGUCCAGAGUUUCUUAAUAACAAAGAAUAUAGAGAGGUAUUUAAUUCAUAUAUUAAAACUAUUCAAGGGGUUGUUUUAAAAAGUCAAGGGAUAGAAAGUGUAAUAAUUAAUAAUGAAGGGUAUUCUAAUAGAACCGAUUCAAGAACUAUAAGAGUGAUUUGGAUAACUUUACUUUCUUGUAUUCAACAACCUCAAUUACCAAAACGUAUUCAAGAAAUGAAUAGUAUAGAAAUAAUAGAAUUUAAAAGUAUGAUAGAAAGUUUAAAUGAGUGCAAUAGAACUUUAUUUAUUGAGGCAAAUACUAGUAGAACAAUGAAAGUUAAAACAAUUCAUAAAUUAUAUUCACCAUUAUUUUUUUAUACACAAACUCUAAUUAGUAAAAAUGAUAAUAAAGGUAUUAUUGGGAAUGAUGUCUAUGUAAAGAAUAACUCAACAAUGAUUUCUUUUUAUACAUAUAAUAUUAAAUAUGUUGUUAGUGAUAGAGAAGUAUUUUCUGGAAUGAUACAUUAUCUACUUCAAGGAUUAAAAAAUAAAAAUAAUGAAGUUGUUAUUCGUUUAUUACAAAAUAUUUCAGAUGGAAUUGAGUGUGUUGGAGUAAGAGAGAGAUUGUGUUAUGAAACUCUAAUAGAAGUUUUUCAAACUAUCUUAAAUAGGAUGAUUGAUAUUGUUCAAAAGAGUAAUAGAGCAGAAGACCUUAAAUCAAUUUUAUGUGUUUUAGGAUCAUUAAAAUUCUAUCACCCGAAGUUAGUUACAAUUAAUGAUAAGAGGAUUGGAGAAUUAGUUGAAACAUAUUAUAUUUUGAUUAUAAAGUUAAUGACUAAAUGCACUAACGAACCAAUUCAACAAGAUCAAUAUUUCAAUGUUAUUGGGACAUAUAUUGAAGAUUUUAGUUCUAUACAAAGAAGAGAGAUGGCACAAAUUUUAAUUCAAUUUAUCAUUGCAAUGAAUGACCAUGAAGGGCUUAUUCAUAAAAUGAUAGAAGAAAGUAUUAAAAUAAAAAAGGUUUUUGAAAGCAAAUGGAAUUCCUUAUUAAAUGUUUUAAGUAUUGUUUGUACUACACUUUAUGUUAUUGAAGUGGAUCCAAAUAAAAAAUUAGGUGAAUUUAUUGAGAAAGUAGUUCAGUGCAUUACAUUGAUCAUAAUUAAAUUAAAAUCCUUAUUAACACGAGGGUUAAUGAUCAAAUAUCUUCAUUUAUUAAUUACACUUGUUACACUAACUCCAGAAGUAGCAACCAAACACUUUACUGAAAUAACAAAAUUGUUUAAUGGAAUAGUGUCAUGUAAUUGUACAAGGGACGAAAUUGAUAAUAUGUAUAAAUAUUAUUUAUAUUAUUUUUACAAAGCAGGAAAUAUGAGUAUUAAUGAAGAUGAAAAAGAAUUAAUCAAAAAAGUCGAUAUGGAACAAGUUAGAGUUUUUGGAAGUAAGGAUAGGUUAAUUACAAUUAUCGACCAAAAAGAUGGAAGUGCACAGUGUGUUGUUAGAAAUUGGACUGGGACUCAUUCAAUUAAAAUUCGAGGAACAGUUUUAGAAAAGAAAGAAGUUGAAGGAACUUGGGAAAGAAAAGAAUUACUUAUUAAAGGGACUGAAAAUGGAGAGGUACCACAAACCAUCAAAGAAUAUCUUGAAAAGAAGCAUAUUAAAGUUAUAAAAAAAGACCAAAUGGUUAUCAGUAUUCAGAAAAUAGAAGAACAUAAGAGUGAACCAGAGAAGAGAUGGAACAAUUCAACUAUAUCAACAAAUAUUUAUAAUAUGAUAGGACAGAAAGAAGAAAAGUGUAUUAUGUUUGAGAAAGAAGAAUUAAACAAGUUUUAUAAAGAAGCACCUACAAUAAUUAAAUUAAAUAUCAAAUGUAAGAUAGUCAAUGAGAAGUUCAAUGAAAUAAUGAAAGGAAUGAAAGAAGGAGAAGAGAAAGAAGUUUUUGAUGAGAUGUUAGGGACUAAAAUAAUUUUUCGAGAGAAUAGUUUUUGUGGUAUCAAAAGAGUAGGAUUAGCAGAGUUUGAAUAUUCAAAUAAAAAAGGAGAUUGUGUAAUAUACAUUAACGCUGAAAAAGAAGGAAAGACUGAUGAAACAUAUUGUAUAAUUAUUAAAGAAGUUGUUGGAGGGAUCUAUACGGCAAUCAUAGAAAAAACAGGAAAUAAUGAAUAUAUCCAAACAGGUUAUAAACAUCCAUAUUCAAUUAUUUCCUCAGUUGAACGAGAAUUGACUAAUUUAGUUAUUGAAAAUAAUACAGAUAUAUUAUUUAUAAACACUAAACAAUUUAAAGCUGUCUCAGAAGUUGAUCUUAAUCGUGGAAUAAAUGCAUUGGAAGGAUCUAUAUUAUCAAGAGAAUAUGCAAAGAGUAUUAAUGAGAAAUAA